CGUUACUCAGCAACUCGUUUUACAGUGGGUCCUGAUGGCAAAUCUGACACACCCAUUCUCAAGUAUCAGCUCCAACGGAACGCUCUGGUGCCACUUCUGGCUGCUACUUACGCCAUGGAUUUUGCACUGCAAUAUAUAAAAGAUCGCUGGGCUUUUCAGGUACUGUGGCCUUGCAAGACGUCUUGAGUCUAGCAAAGAAUGAUUGGAACAUUACGUGUAUUUUUGUCCUUGUUUUUUAGUGAACAAUGUUAUUAUUCCACUCUCGGAAGUUGCAUAUGGGAUAUCCGAACUAUAGCCUCCGUUUGGUAUCUUGAAAAUACGCUUAUCUGUUCCAACGAGUGAACAGUUUUGCGAGAGUAAAGCUCGAGGAAAACUGUGAACAGCAGAGGCUCAGCGAGGUCCUGAUACAGCUUUGUUUAAGAUCUUAUCAUUCCAUUUCCUUCAUAGGCAGCUGAUGGAUCUGAGCAUGCGGAUGUGGUGAUUAUGUGUUGUGUUAUAAAGGCUAUAACUGGCUGGCAUGUUGCUGAAGCAGCUGCCAUUUCCCGCGAGAGGUGUGGGGGCCAAGGGUAUCUGUCCUGUAACAAGUUUGGCAGUGGUAUCGCUGGUUCGCAUUCCUCCAUGACAGCCGAAGGGGACAACUCAGUCCUGAUGCAGAAGGUGGCUUCAGAAAGGCUGAUGAGUCUCAAGCCAUCCAUGUUGGAGGUAGCGGCCAGCUAUGUGCCGAAGGCUGUGACCCGGAUCUUCGGUUGGGCCAAUCUCAACAACCCGAAAUACUUGCAGGAGCUUUUAGAGUCACGAGAGAAAGAUCUAUUUUUGAGCCUUGGAAUGAAGAUGAUGAAGGCUGGGAAGGAGGGAAGAUUUGACACCUGGAUGUACAUGGAACAGGAUCUUGUCCAAGCUGCUGCUCGUGCGUAUGGUGAACGACUCAUCAGUGAAUGUUUUGGCAAAGCUCUUGACAAAGCUGACCCUGGUCUGCAACCAGUUCUCCAGAAACUUCAUCAUCUCUAUCAGAUGUCAGUCAUCAAGAAGGAUCUCGGCUACUUCACCACCUCGGGGCUGAUGUUUACGUGGACUGGGGCAAAAGUUGGGAAGGCAGCUGCUGACCUGUGUCGAGAAGUGGCACCGCAGGCCACUGCACUGUGUGAUGCAUUUGGAUUCACCGACGAAAUGCUUAAUGCCCCAAUUGCCAGAGACUGGGUCAAAUAUAAUGCAGUUGAUAACAAAGGGGAAGUCAAAGGUGUGCAGUGUUGA